UACAGUUCUCUACGAGAAGACGCGGAUGGUGGUGCGAUUGAGGAGAGCCUCGCGAGAAAAUAGCAAAUGGAACAUGAACGAUCCUUCCUUUUACCACGUAUCACCACAUUCCGUUUGUUCUCGAACAUUAAUGAACGAACGAUCGUUCGUAGGACGUAUUUAUUCGCGAUAGAAAACUCGUUACGGGCUUUAAUUCUCGUCGGUUAAUGUAUUUCAAGAUGGCGACGACUUAAGAACAAACAAAAUAGGCGUUGCUUCGAAGUUACGCAGUCGAUAUUCUUUAUCAUUAAGAGUCUGGGGUUCCUUCCCGAUGAUACGCGGACGCAGGCCACUUUGUAGUCGAAGUGAAAGGCGGCGGUGAAAGGCGGAGGAAGAGGGAGAGAGAGAGAGAGAGAGAGAAGAUAGGACGACUGAAAAUGGCCAAGGCGAAUGACUCUCUUUGUAUCGGUUGUUGCUGAAGAAAAAGCAACGGAGACACAAUACGGCGCGGGAGAAAAAGAGAAAGGAAGAGAAAAAGAAAGAGAGAGAGAGACACAAAAGGUGUGCCGGUAGGGCGGCGGUUUGUGCGCGCGCACACGGUCAAGCAGCUACCACGAGAGAUUGUGUUUGUAUUGUGUGUACGUAUCAUAAGAACGAUGUGCGCGGUAUCGCGUGGCUCAGACCAACUUGGACCGUACAUUUGAGCGGGACUUGGUGUUCGACCACGUACUUACCUACGUACAUAUACGAUCGCGCUUUACUGCCAGCUGGAGAGUAGUUGACCUAUCUAAAAUCAGGAAUUAAAGGAUUACUUACUGUUUAUCCCAACGUAUAAUAGAUUGCCCAGUGGCUAUCAAUCGAGACUUUUAAUUCGAUCAAAUUCAUACGAUUUCCUUUGAUUCGCCGAAUAGAACGGAGGAAGGAAACAAAAACAAAAACAGAUAAAAAAUAGAAUAAAGGAUAAAGAAAAAGAGAAAAAGAAAGAAACAAAAGAGGGAGAGAGAGAGAGAGGGGAAAAAAGAAAAAGAAAAAUUUGACGACAUGUGCGGAAUAUUCGCUUACCUUAACUAUCUAACGCCGAAAAGUAGGAAGGAGAUUUUGGAGCUUCUCGUAGGUGGAUUGAAAAGAUUGGAAUACCGUGGAUAUGAUUCUGCAGGCGUUGCCCUUGAUUCAGCCGGGGGAAAAGAUAUUUCCAUCAUCAAAAAAACUGGAAAGGUCAAGGCACUGGAAGAGGAAAUCUUUCACCGUACCGACGUUGAUUUUGAAUCUAAAACCGAUAGUCACGUUGGCAUUGCCCAUACGCGUUGGGCUACUCACGGUGUACCAUCCGAAGUGAAUUCGCAUCCUCAACGAUCCGAUUUCGAGCAUAGCUUUGUCGUUGUUCACAAUGGUAUCGUGACGAAUUACAAAGAAGUAAAGACCUUGUUAGAGCAAAGGGGAUACGUUUUCGAGAGCGAAACCGAUACCGAAGUGAUUGCCAAAUUAAUUCAUCAUCUUUGGAACAUUCAUCCAGGAUACUCUUUCCGUGAACUUGUAGAGCAAGUUGUACAACAAAUCGAAGGGGCAUUUGCAUUGUGUUUCAAGAGCAAACAUUUCCCAGGCGAGUGCGUAGCUACAAGAAGAGGCUCGCCUCUUCUCGUUGGUAUCAAAACGAAAACAAGAUUGGCCACCGAUCACGUGCCCAUUUUAUAUGGCAAAGAUGACCCACAACCCGCGAGCAAAGAAGGUGACACGUCGUCUCAAGAUCAUCGUCCUCAUGGCCGCAAUGCCGAGCUUCCUGUGAUACCUCGAAGCGAGAGUACGUCCGAGUUUCAGCCUUUGGAAGACAAAGAGGUCGAGUACUUUUUUGCAUCCGACGCCAGUGCCGUGAUCGAGCACACCAAUCGUGUCAUCUUCCUCGAGGACGACGAUGUGGCUGCCGUUAAAGAAGGAGCUCUCAGUAUCCAUCGACUCCGUCGUUACCUGGAUGAUCCUCAUGCGAGAGAGAUCACGACCCUUAAAAUGGAAAUUCAACAGAUCAUGAAGGGUAAUUACCAAUAUUUCAUGCAAAAGGAGAUAUUUGAACAGCCUGAAUCGGUGGUGAACACGAUGAGAGGACGUUUGAAUUUCCAAGACAACUCUGUAACAUUAGGUGGCAUCAAGGAUUAUAUUCCCGAGAUAAAGAGAUGCAGACGGUUAAUGCUUAUCGGGUGUGGUACGAGUUAUCACUCUGCCAUUGCGACGAGGCAAUUACUCGAAGAAUUAACCGAACUCCCUGUAAUGGUCGAAUUGGCCUCAGACUUUUUGGAUAGAAAUACUCCAGUUUUUCGGGACGACGUGUGCUUUUUUAUCUCGCAAUCGGGCGAAACCGCUGAUACCUUAAUGGCAUUGAGAUAUUGCAAAGGUCGAGGAGCUUUGAUCGUCGGUAUCACAAAUACCGUUGGUAGUAGUAUUUGUCGAGAAUCGCAUUGCGGUGUACACAUUAAUGCUGGCCCUGAGAUCGGUGUGGCCAGUACAAAAGCAUACACUUCUCAGUUCAUUUCGUUGGUAAUGUUUGCAUUGGUCAUGAGCGAGGAUAGAAUCUCUCUCGGUGCGAGACGUCAGCAGAUCAUAGAGGGAUUGAAGAAUUUGGACAAGCUGAUUCGGGAGGUUUUGAAAUUGGACGACGAGGUGAAGGAAUUGGCAAAGUCCUUGUUCCAACAUAAGUCUCUUUUGAUCAUGGGUAGGGGAUAUAAUUUUGCCACGUGUAUGGAAGGUGCCUUGAAAGUGAAAGAAUUGACCUACAUGCACAGCGAAGGAAUUAUGGCGGGUGAAUUGAAGCACGGACCCUUGGCUCUGGUCGAUGAUUCGAUGCCCGUAAUCAUGAUCGUUAUGAGAGAUCCUGUAUACGUGAAAUGCAUGAAUGCUCUGCAACAAGUAACGGCACGCGAAGGCAAGCCUAUCGUCAUUUGCGAGGAAGGAGACAAGGAAACGAAGUCAUUUGCGUAUAAGGCACUCGAAAUACCAAAAACUGUCGAUUGCCUACAGGGUAUCCUUACUGUCAUCCCUAUGCAAUUGUUAUCUUUUCACAUUGCCGUUUUACGUGGCUGCAACGUCGAUUGUCCACGUAAUUUGGCAAAAUCCGUUACCGUCGAGUAAAGGGUCAUUAAAUCGAUCCUUUCGACGAGUAGUUAAGCAGAUGGGGGGAGAGAGAGAGGGAAGAGAGGUCGUGCGACGAACUUGAAAUUUCUAAUCUUUCAAAAGCACAGAGUAUUUAUCCAUCGGCAAUAAACGAUCAUUCCGAUCGUUUGUUCGUAUUAUAGGACUCGUUGUACGAUUACAAAAUAGGACAACCACGUUGUCGUUUAUAAGGACAACAAAUUUUUCAUGAUUCUUUUUCUCUCAAGGACCAACAGGGCUGUGCAUUUAAUCGACGCGUCGAGUUCGAAAGUAAUUUUUCAAUGGCGAAUCGAACGUAUGUAAUACGGUUGAUUCGAAUCUCGGGUAUAAUGCAAUAUGAUGAAGUAUGAUAUAGAAUACUUUCGAGUUACUGUACCGACGAUACGACCAGGAUUUUGAAUACUUCGUAAUAAGUAAGCGAACGAACCAUAGCUGUGGGAUCGCAUAAAUUUAUAACAGAGAGAUAAACAUUCUUUUACAUUUUCCAUUUGUACAUUUGUAUUGAAGGAAUAAUUUCAAUUAUUGCAUUUACGGAAAUAAGAAGACUGUAUAAUCCAUAAAUCGUUAUUAUUCUUUGUUUCGUACGACACAUGUGAUAUUAUCGAUUAGAACGUGUUUUAUGAGAGACUGCGAAAAAGAUUUUUACACUCGAGGCGAUCGUUACGAAAUCCUCCGUAGAUCGGUCUUCUUUUUACGUCACAUUGAAAAUGAUUUUGCAUAAGUACGCGAGUUUAUUCGAAAUUAUAGCCAAAUCGUUCGUACGAUUAAAAUCGAUCGUUGAAAUAUCGCAUGUCAUCCCAAUUGAUCACCGAUGAAAGGCUAACUCAUUACGCGUUUGAGCGGACAAGGUAGAGUAAGAGAAUUUUUAAGUAAUUAUAUAGAUAAGUCAUUAACAAACACGAGCAUAGACGUAGAACGUCAUUUUAUACCGAAAACAAAUUUUCACGAAUAUAAGACGGAUAUAUAGCUCUUAUCGAUUUUGAUCCCCCUAAUAAAAAAAAAAAAAAAAAAAAAAAAAAAAAAAAGGACGGACCAUUGCGAUCAGACGACUUUGACUCUUUUGUAUGUGGGAAAGAAUUUCACGAAUUUGUUGUAUUUUUAAGUGAUUCCUAUUAAGAACAGAACCUAUAUUUUCCAGAAAUCUUUCGUAUAAGAAAAUAUGAUUUUUAGAAACAGAUAUUACCAUAUGUGCACAAUCGAUAUUUACCAUUAUACGCAUAAACAUAUUUUAUCUUUGUUAUUUAAAUUACUUAUGGAGUUUGUAAUCACUCAUUCUUGAUUUAAAAUCAUUAGGAUCGUUCAAACUUGCGAAUAAAAACUUGCAUGCUAUGAGAAAUUAAAAAGAAACACGCGUUUGCUAAUAUUUCGUGAAAGGGUCUGCUGAAGGAUGUUUGUUACUUCUAAUGCGAACCGUUUGAUUACACACACACACACACACACACACACACAGAGAGAAGGGAUGUAUAAGUGAUCAAUAAAAGUUAUUAUAGUCAUAAAGUUAAA